UACGUUAGUCACGUGACUGACGCGGCCACCGUACUAGCGUCACACUGGGACUAUCAAAACACGCAGGACUGUCUAUACAUCUGCAUUGUGUGUGUGUGUGUGUGUCUGUGUGUGAGUGAGAGAGAGAGAGAGAGAGAGAGAGAGAGAGAGCAUACACAGGUCUAAAGAAUAAAAGAUCCUGAUGAAAUUAUAAAAUAAUAAUAAAAAAAUCUAAAAUAUCGACAGGAUGUCAGACAGAGGAGACGUGGAUUUAACAGGAGCCAAACAAAACACAGGCGUGUGGCUGGUUAAAGUACCGAAGUAUUUGUCUCAGCAAUGGGCCAAAGCGUCAGGAAGAGGAGAAGUGGGAAAACUCAGAAUUGGCAAGAAUCAGGGGAAGGCAGAGGUGUCCUUCACACUGAACGAGGAGUUGACCAAGAUAGACAGCAUGGGGGAGAAGGCGUCCAUGGUGCGAGCGCCUCGUGAACACCCGUUCACCCUGCAGACGGUCGGGGGACAGACCCUGACUGUUUUCACCGAGACGUCCUCAGGCCAGUCAGACGCUGAAGGCAGCGGUUCAGGUACUGGUACAGGCCCAGACAAAAUAGCGCUGGAGGGCGUGGUGGUGCAGCGAGCCGAGUGCAGACCAGCCGCCAAUGAGCACUACAUGAGGUUAAAAAGGAUGCAGAUCGAGGAGUCGUCAAAGCCCCACCGGUUCUCUAAGCAGCUGGAAAAAGCCGUCACAACUAACUACAAACCUGUGGCCAACCACGCUUAUAAUCUGGAUUAUGAAAAAAAGAAGAAGGAAGAAGGCAAAAGAGCGCGAGCAGACAAGCAGCAGGUGUUGGACAUGCUCUUCUCUGCCUUUGAGAAGCACCAAUAUUACAACAUUAAAGACCUGGUGGACAUCACCAAACAGCCUGUGAUUUACCUGAAGGAGAUCCUGCGUGACAUCGGUAUCUACAACGUGAAGGGAACUCACAAGAACACCUGGGAGCUGAAGCCCGAGUACAGACAUUACCAGAACGAGGAGAAGAGCGACUGAGCAGCUUCACUCUCUCCAGGGCUGAUUGUUAAACCGCUUUCCUUAUAACGGAGGCAGCCGGUAGACGGGUUGUUACGGAAACAAAUCUCGUUUCCUUCAUACUGUAGAGUAAAAUCUAACAAGUUGUGUAUGGAUGCAGUUUUUAGAGUCUAGUGUUUUUACUCCUUUUUAAUGAAAAAAUUGCAGGGCAUUGUAGAGUUAUUAUACCAUUGUAGAAUGAGAGUGAAAUGAUGAAGAGCAGUGUGUACACAAACCUGUUCAGUGUUCAUGAUUUUAGCCUCAGUUUUAAUGUACUGUAUGCACUGCUGAAAUAAAUGUUUAGUACAAAAAUUCAA